AACUUCCAGAAAAUGCUCAGCAUACAGAAGUGCUUUGACAAGUCUGCACCCAAAAUCCUCACUCCAGGCCGAGAGUUCAUCAAGGAAGGGAUUCUGAAAAAGGUUUCCAAAAGAGGUGGAAAGCCCCACGACAGGAUGUUCUUCCUGUUCUCUGACAUCUUGCUUUACGGGAAGCCGCGGUUACUGGACAGUAUUACUAACUCUUACACCUGCUGCUGUGUGCUGCCACUGAAACACUGCCAACUGGAAACCGUGUUUGGGGGCACCAAACGGGGAUCACAGGAAAAGACAGAGGCAGGGGGCAUGUUCAAGAUUACCUGUAAAGAUGAGAGUUUACUGCUGUUUUCAAAUGAUCCAGAUGACAUGAAAAGCUGGAUUAAAGAGCUGGAUUCAGCCAUCAGGAAACUGAGUAACAACCGUUCUACAUUAAGAAAACCUAGCAGCAACAAGGCUCCGAUGAGGGGGAGGUCACUAUGGAAACAACGUAAACUAGAGAAAGAAAGAGAUCAACAGAUCCGUCGAAUAAUCCAGAAAGAUGAGUCAGAGUGUACCAAGUUAUCUCCAUUGAAGCUCAUAUCAGAAAUAGACGCCAAUAAAUGCCUGUCUCCAUGGAAACGACCUAAACUGUGCUCUUCUGACCUCUCCUCU